GAUGCCCCCCCCUGCGCCCGGGGCCCGGCUCCGGCUCCUCGCCGCCGCCGCCCUGGCCGGCCUGGCCGUCAUCAGCCGAGGGCUGCUGUCCCAGAGCCUGGAGUUCAGCUCCCCCGCCGACAACUACACGGUGUGCGAAGGCGACAAUGCCACCCUCAGCUGCUUCAUCGACGAGCACGUGACUCGAGUGGCCUGGCUGAAUCGCUCCAACAUCUUGUACGCGGGCAAUGACCGCUGGACCAGUGACCCGCGGGUGCGGCUGCUCAUCAACACACCCGAGGAGUUCUCCAUCCUCAUCACCCAGGUGGGGCUGGGCGAUGAGGGCCUCUACACCUGCUCCUUCCAGACCCCCCACCAGCCGUACACCACUCAGGUCUACCUCAUCGUGCAUGUCCCCGCCCGCAUUGUGAACAUCUCCUCGCCUGUGACAGUGAAUGAGGGGGGCAACGUGAACCUGCUUUGCCUGGCUGUGGGGCGGCCGGAGCCCACGGUCACCUGGAGGCAGCUCCGAGACGGCUUCACCUCUGAGGGCGAGAUCCUGGAGAUUUCCGACAUCCAGCGGGGCCAGGCUGGAGAAUAUGAAUGCGUGACUCACAACGGGGUCAACUCAGCACCGGACAGCCGCCGCGUGCUGGUCACAGUCAACUAUCCGCCGACCAUCACGGACGUGACCAGCGCCCGCACGGCCCUGGGCCGGGCCGCCCUCCUGCGCUGUGAAGCCAUGGCGGUGCCCCCAGCGGACUUCCAGUGGUACAAGGAUGACAGACUGCUGAGCAGCGGCACGGCCGAGGGCCUGAAGGUGCAGACGGAGCGCACCCGCUCGAUGCUACUCUUCGCCAACGUGAGCGCCCGGCAUUACGGCAACUACACGUGUCGCGCUGCCAACCGGCUCGGAGCGUCCAGCGCCUCCAUGCGGCUCCUGCGCCCAGGGUCCCUGGAGAACUCGGCCCCGAGGCCCCCGGGGCCCUUGACCCUCCUCUCUGCCCUGGGCUGGCUGUGGUGGAGGAUGUAGAAAGAACCCAGUGCAGCUCGCCUCCCCCUGCGGGGGGAGGGGCCUGAGUCCGAGAGCAAGAGAAAAGGGGGGAGCAAUCAGCAUGGGUCUCCAAGGGGCGGAAGAGCUCUCGGCCACCGAGGAAGAAGAGAGGAGGAAGAGGAAGAGAAGGAAGAAAGAUCUUUAGAGAACCCAUCACUGUGAGGGAUAACGCAAAAUUAUGCAUCUUUCUACAGCCAUUCUCGCCACUGUUCACGUUUCCGAUUGUGACCCACCCCCGCCACCCCCACCCCUCUCUUAGCUCAGGCUGUCAACUGGAUCGCAUGUGUGUAGUGGGUGUAUGUGCGUGUGAGCCUGCAUGUGUGUGUAUGUGUGUCAGGGGGGUGGGCAGGGAAGAGGGCUCGAGAUCUUCCCUCCCCGACACCCCCACAUCCACUGCCCCAACUCUGCUGCCUCUCCCCUAGGGCUGGAGGUAGGUAUGGGGGCUCCGUGGUAGAAACUAUGAGGGGAGGUUUUCCCAGGCCCCUGCUUUCCCAGUAUAUGCACCCAGCACACUGCCCCCUGCCCUCCCUGCUGAAAAGGUGUCUCCUGGGCAGGUUGGGAGUGGGGAGGGGUAUUGCACUUACCUGUCAAGCUGUCAUUCAGCCUUUGUGAGUCGAUGCGGAGAAUCGCCACCUGGGCUCUGGGUCUCCCUGCUGUCAACUACCAACUGCCUGUCUGCAGCCAGAGGCCCCAUCACUGGCUCAGCGGCCUGAGACCUUCCCACUUUUCCUGUCUCCUCCUCUCCCCUCCCCUCCCCUGGACUUUCUGGCCCUGUCCUGGGGCCAAUCGGUGCUUCCAUCCAACUGCCAGGCUGGUGUCUGUGGUCACCUGUCUGUCUCAGUGCUUUGCCCUCCCCAAGCCCCACUCCCUUUGGCCACCUGCAGCGCCAACCAGCUGCCCUCAGCGUCCCUGCAGCCGGCCCAUGCCUGUGGGUUUUCUGGUCUACUACUCCCCAGCCUCUCCACCAACUGUACCUCCCGAAGGCUGACCUGACCGCCCACCCCCACACACACACACCAGCGACUGACCAGCAAUAGCCCCCUGGCUGCAGCUGACCAGCUGUCAUUCCCCCCGAAAGGGUGGGCAACUGUUGUCAGGACAGACCGCUGAGAGGUUGUAGCCUCUCUGAUUGUAGGAAUACCCCACCCCGGCACACCACAUCACACAAAGUUGGGGGGGAGAGGCCUCACACAAACAUCCUGAGCCCAGACCAAGAUGCCAAGUUACCAGCUCCGACUCCCGGGAGACCCUCUAAAAACACCCCAAACCAUACCACCCAGUGCUUGUAGGGGGAAGAGGGCAGAGCAAGGGCAAGGGGCAGUGACUGUACCUCAGACAGGGGCGUGGGCCCCAUCCCACAUUGUCUUCCA